UAAGGCUACAUUUACAUGCAUUUGACUUGCCCCACUUCAGAACAUGAGAGCAUAUUGGAGACUGACAUUUUCCCUUGCAGUGUCUCUUGCCUUGCAGAGGGAACAGUGUGUCUUGUAGGAGAUGCUGGCUUUUGUUGCUUGUUCCAUUGGCUGACCUAUUUUAAGAAGGUAGGAAUUAUUUUGUUUGCUAAGUAUUUUCCAAUUUCAAAGGUAAAAUACCAUGAAGACUUUGAGAAGACCAAGGGAAGCUUCACGUCUGUAGUAACUGAUCCCAUUACUGAGCGCGUAAAGAAAAACAUGCAAGACUUCAGUGACAUCAGCUACCGCGGCAUCCAAAGACGGGUUGUAGAGAUGCAGAGGCGACGUGUGGAAAAUGAAGCAGAGAGCCUCACAGAUCUGCGUGUGUGGCGCACCAACCCUGGCUCAGUGUUUGAUUAUGAUCCAGCUGAAGACAACAUUCAGUCCAGGAGUUUGCACAUGCUAAGCAUUCAAGCCCAGCGUCGCAGCCGGGAGCACUCACGCUCUGCUAGCGCUCUGAGCCUGAGUGGCGGAGAUGAGAAAUCAGAACCUUCUGAACCUGACCAGACCAUUACUUAUUAUAACGGAAACAACUUCUUCCAGACAACCGCCACUAGCUACCAACACACCAAAACCACUGUCCUGCCACAGCAGAGAUCAUCCUCUGUUGCUACACAGCAGACCACAGUGUCAUCCAUUCCCUCUCACCCUUCAACAACUGGCAAAACCUACCGUGCCAUAUAUGAUUAUUCAGCAGCUGAUGCAGAUGAAGUCUCUUUCAAAGAUGGUGACGUCCUUAUGAAUGUGCAGUCCAUUGAUGAAGGAUGGAUGUAUGGUACUGUGCAAAGGACUGGGAUGACAGGCAUGUUGCCAGCCAACUAUGUAGAUGCUAUCUAAGUUACAUCAAUUCUUCCGUAGAGACUUCCCACAGUCCCCUCCUAAAACAAAAACACAAGUUACAAGUAAAACCAUAAAACCAUAAUUUGAUAUUUUCAAAUGGAAUUUAAUUUCUUACAGGACAAAAACAUUCUCCCAUUGUCCAUCCAACUCUUAUUAACCCAUGUUACAAGACAUGAUAAGUCCUAGGCACAUACAAAGACAAAGUGGUGCCUAAGUUGUUCACUGGUAUAACUGGUACUUCUGCUGUAUUGAAACUAGUAAAUAGUGUUCCGAUUCUUUUCACCAACAUUUAACUCUACAGACCAUUUAACUUGUAUUCAGAGAUGUACUCCAUAUGUUAUAUCCAAACUAAACCAUUUGGUCUCAUCUGAUGUAGGAAAAUGUAUUAUCUAACAUAACUUGCUCAUGACAAAUGUGAUAUCAGUACAACUCUACUUAAUCAACUAUAAUAUUGUUUCUGUAUCCUGACAAAUGUGUAGUUAGUAUGCAAAUUCAUUACAAGAGCUUUAAAAAACAGGUUGCUACUGAAAGACUUGAUUUUCAUAACUGGAGACCCUUUUGAUGGAGGUUAUUAAGGAACUUGAUAGCCUCCCUACUUCACUGCUCAAGGUGAACUUGUACAUGUAUUGUCUGUUUUCUCAACACCAGAUAACUAGCUGUGGGGUCAAAUAAAGCUCAGUUUCUGCAAAACA